AUGACCUAAAAAAAUAUUGAUCAUUAUUCAUUUAAUACAAAAGAUGUUUUAGGAUCAGGAUCAUUUGGAACAGUUUUUAAAGCUAUGGAUCUUAAAAAUUGUAGAUAAGUAGCUUUGAAAAUGAUAUCCAAAGAUAAAUUAUUGAGAGAUCAAAAUGCUAAUAAUGGAGUAAUGAAUGAGAUUAAAAUUAUGAAAAAAUUAAAAAAUAAAAAUGUUGUAUAAUUAAUAGAUGUCUUAGAAACAUCUAAUAAUUAUUACAUUAUUUAAGAGAUUUGUGAAUCAGGAGAUUUAGCCAAGUAUUUAUUAUUAUAAAAUAACAUAGAUACUUAAAAAAACAUUCAUUUGUUAAUGAAAAAUAAGCAUUGAAAAUUAUGACUGAAAUUCUAUAAGGUUUCAUAGAAUUAAUUAAAUUUGGAAUCAUUCAUAGAGAUUUAAAACCUGCAAACAUUUUAAUACAUUAAAAUACUUAUAAAAUUGCUGGUCUUAUAUUUUAUAUAUUUAAGUAGAUUUUGGAUUUGCAAAAAUAGUAGAUAAUUUUGCAUAAUAAUUAUUUUAUUCAUAAGUAGGUACACCAUUAUACAUGAGUCCUCAGAUUUUAAAAAAUGAAAAAUAUUCUACAAAAUGCGAUGUUUGGUCAUUUGGUUUCUUAUUUUAUGAAAUCCUUUAUGGGAGAAGUAUAUGAUAUUUAUAGACUCAUUUAUAGCCCCUUGGGUUGCAUCAUCAAUACCAUAAUUAGUAAAGAACAUUAAUACACAACCUUUAAAAUUUGAUGAUUAAAUCAAUUAAGUUUCAGAUAAUGUUAAAGAUUUAAUUUCUAAAUGUUUGGUUAUUUAAGAGAGUAUAUAAAUAUAACAAAAUAGAUGAUCGAUACAGUUGGUAUGAUAUAUUUAAUCAUCCUCUAUUCUCUGCAUAAUUUUCAUAAACUCCAAAUCUUUAAUAAAUUUGUGAAGUAUUAUUUUAUCCUUAUAAUAUUUAUUAGUAAAAGGAACUUUAUAUUGCUAAUAGUUUAAGAGAAAUACUUGGAGCCAAAUAAAUUAGUAUCAAUUAAAUUUUCGAAGAAUUAUCUGUAAAUAAAGAUGGCAAUAUUCUUCAAGAAAGUUUGAUAGAUUUAUUAACUGAUAUUGAUACAGAAUUAGAAGACUUUGAAAUUUAAUACAUAUUUAAUAGUAUUGAUGAAGAUUAAAAUGGUUAAAUUUCUCAACAGGAAUUUUAUAAUUGGAUGAUAAAACAUGAUGUUAUGCAUAAAUUUAAUAAUUCUAGAUUAUUUAUGAUUCUUAAGUUAGAAGGGCAGCAAAUACCAUUUGUGGUCCAUAGCAGAUUCAAUAAUAACAAUAUUUAAAUAAGAAAGAAUCAAAAACUAUAAUUUAUAAUUUGAUUUCAGCAAUUCAACAAGAGAAUGAAAAUUUGGUAGAAUUAUUUUACAAAUUUGUUAAAGGAUCAGAAAACAUGAGUUAAGAUGAUUUUGCAGAUUUAUUAUUGUAUAUAUAUUAAAUUGUAAAUUAAUAGGUAUUAUGAUGAAAAUUUGUGCGAAGAUGAAAUAAUAUCAACUUUUUAAAUGUUUGAUUUUGAUCAAAAAAAUGAAAUCACUUUAUAGCAAUUCAAAUAUAUUCUUGAAUAAGACAUAGACGAUUAUUGA